GACAUUUGCAAGCCGAGAGGGGAAGGUCGCUGCGCGGCCGAUGGUAACGCGCCGUGCUUUAUUGCAGCCCUCGGCAAGCGUGAGGGUCUCCAGUCGUGACUCCAGCAGCGCUCUCCAACACUUGGACCAUGUUGGCCUGUCUCCAGAGAACCCAGAACCCGCCAGCCCAGCACCUCGCAUGUCCAAACAAGACCCUGGAGCCGCGGAAGUGUGAAACGGCGGCCUCCAUGCAUUCCCCACGCUACCCCAGCCCAGCCGAACUGGACGCCUAUGCACAGAAAGUCGCCAACAACCCCCUAACCAUCAAGAUCUUUCCCACCAACAUCAGGGUCCCCCAGCACAAGCACCUUAACCGGACGGUCAAUGGGUACGACACGACAGGGCAGCGCUACAGCCCCUACCCCGUGCAUUCCAGCGGCUACCAGGGCCUCCUGGCCAUCGUAAAGGCCUCGAGCAAAAGCAUCGUGAAGAACUCGGAGGGCAAGCGGACUAAGAUGUCUCCAGCGCAGGUGGCCAUUGCCCCCUACCCAGUGUCAAGCACUUUAGCGCCAGGCCCCUCAUGCGCCGGGCACUUGAAUUAUCACAGUACUCAGAAGCAGCUUGAGGCGCCAGUCCCCCCAAACGUGACCGUAGCUACGUCCGUGAUCCCGCUCGCAGGCCGGAACCUGGCCCUGCAGCAGUCCAACUUGCCCUCGAUCCAGAGCAUCAUCUACCAGCUCAAUCAGCAGUGCCAGGCCCAGGGCUCCCAGCAGGCCUGCCACGGGGUGGUGGUGACCGACCCCAGCCCAGCUAAGCACGGCGCGGCCAGUGGCUUCGCUAGCAUGGCGACGGCGGGCGCUGCCGUGGCCUAUGCCGGUGCCGUCCUGCCCGACUGCCGCAAAGGUGCUGAACUCGCCAUAAGCGCCAACCCGGCCAUGACCGUCGGCCCCAAGGCCGGCAUCUACCCGGACGGCAUGGAUUACCUUAUCUGGCAGCAGAAACAGCAGCAGCUCCGAAUGUACAGCGGGGGCAGCGGAGGGGGGGGCGCCGUCAGCAAGUCCCCAGAGACGUGUGCGGGGGUCUCGCGCCCCUACACCCUGACGGGCGCAGUGGAGAAGGUGAGCUCCUCCCCUUUGAACUGCGUGGCCAUGCACGGCAACUUCUCGGUGGGCCAGUAUUUUGCCCCCCCUUGGAACAGCAUCUUGGUCACCCCCAACAGCGACUGUUACAACCCCCAGGAGCUCGCCAACGGGCACCGCGAGCUCGGCGUGCCCCCCUCCGACGGCCUGUCCAGCAAAACGCUCUGCAAUACCUCCAUCCUCAGCAGCAGCCUCCAGUCGCUGGAGUAUCUCAUCAAUGACAUCCACCCGCCGUGCAUCAAAGAGCAGAUGCUGGGGAAGGGCUACGAGACAGUGUCUGUGCCAAGGCUCUUGGACCAUCAACACGCCCACAUUCGCCUGCCCGUCUACAGAUAAGAGCCUGGCGCUGCUUUCCAAACAAAGGGCCAUGGUGGGAACUUGACUGGCAUCCAUUCUCCUCUCCGGCACCGCCAGGGUCUGUGGCGAAACAAAGCGAGGGCUCGGGGGGGGGGGCGUUCACGAAAGGGGCUGGGGGGCCCCAAAGACGCUGGAAUUAAUUGGGGUCAUUGAACUGGAUACACCUGAAACCCGCUGGAAGCCACGGACGAAGGAAUGCUUGUUUCUAGAGCUCUGAAAUGGUCAUUUCAUUUCCACGAAUGUGAACAGGGAAUCGCUACAAGUUGCUGCUAUCCAGGGAGAGAAGGUUUCGCUCUGUGUGCGUGCGCGCGUGUGCGAGUGCGUGUCUGUGUGCGUGCGCCAGGCGGAUCUGCAUGUGGGAGAACCCCCAAUUCUCUCCUGCGCUGAGUCCCUAGGAGAGUUUUAAGUAAAAGAAGAGCUCCAACCCCCCGAUAAUUCCAUGCCAUUGCAGCUUGGUCAUGACCAGAAAGAGCUAAUGCCUAAUUUCUAGUUGAAGUCCAUAACUUGCACUGCUUUGAGUAAAGCUAAUAAUUGGGGACAGUCUGGAGGCUAUUUAAGAAAAAGAAAAACACUUGAAAACUUGAACAGAUUUUUUUUUAGUUAAAUAUACUGUACAUUUAUGUGUUGGCUGCUACAGAGUCUCUUCCUCCACUCCCUCCCCCGCCCACCCCCAUUGCUUGGGCCUAGUCUGUUACUUUCAUUAAACCAUACGUUUUUGAUGCUUUCUCAGUGAAAAGGUUUCAUUGCCUAGUUGCCCACACGGUGGGGGGAGAGCCACAUUAAGCUAAGGAGCCAGGGACCUGGAUGAGCAAAAAGGGCACCAAGUUAAGGAUAUUUUACCCUCCUCGUUGUUCUUGCAGUUUUCCAAGCAUUUCCCUAGCCCCUGUGGUAAAGAGAGCGUCUGAGAGGGCAGAAGCAAAAUGUGACUUAUCUCGGACAGAUCCAAGGCAGGGCCCCUGUUCUAAUUUGUAAAAGAAUCCACACCCGCUUAACAAACGCACCCUCACCCCAUCCCAAAUAGAAGAGCUUGUGAUCUCCCUCCACCGCUCUCCAACCAGCUGAUCAUCCGCUAAUCCGGCUGGGCACAAACGUAAAUCUAGCUGAGCACCCGGCAAAGCAAUUUCUUUUUUAUUAUCAGGAGAUGAAUGGGGAGCCAUUAUGGUGUCUCCAGGCUCUGGGAAGUCUGCUCAGAGGAGUGGUCCGUCUCCCCUCCCCCAUCCCCAUCCUCUACCCAGGUCCCGUCACAGGAACAUUAUGAAUUCUAAGAUUUCCGAGGUUGUUUUUUUUUCUUUACUGUCAAUUAUACCUUUGUUCUGUUGUAGAGGCAACUUGCAGGUGAAGAGAAGUAGAAUCACAUUUAAUACAUCUACUCAUUGUACCAGGUUGUAAUUUGCAUACUUUAUUUUCUUUUUUAAACAGUUCAAAAAUGUUCAUUAUGGUCUGUUAUUCAGUAUGUGUAAUUAUGUGUUUAAUAGAUUUAUUCAUUUAAAAAAAGCGGUUCUACAUUACAGAAAAUACAAAGUUUUUUGAUGUUUAAAGGAAAAAAAACCCACCCCAAUGAAACCCAAUGUGAUUGUGCUCAGAAAAGAGGUACUGUAUCCUUAAAAGGCCUGUUCAAGCACUAAGUGCAUUUAGAAAUCUCUGAGAAUGUUUUUUUUAUACUAAAAUUGACCAUUAUAUUCUACUGUGAGAAGUGCUGUCUGCACUAUAUUGUUUUAAAAAUGAGAGAAAAUGGAAAAAAAACAAAACAAAACCCACAAGCUGUGUGUCCGAAUGUUGUUUUCCCAAAGUAAA